GAAACGCUUCUACAAAAAUCAACGCUCCCCAGGUUGGCGGUCGGCUCAUCCAAAGCACGAUGCUUCCACCGUUUUCUUUCUCGGACGUUCCUGCCCUCCGAAAUAAUACUCGGCCAUUGAUUGGAACUGUUGCACCCGCAGUCACCUCUGAAAAUUUCAAGAGUCCACGUUGUCUUCAAAAACCAGCUGCAAAAUCAUUUACUCAUCGAUUGAACAUCGAGAGCAGAGCUCGCUGCGCUGCAACGCUCAAAGAUGGAGCAGCUGAUCUCGAAAAGGGCGUCAUUAGUUUGAGCACGGGGCGGCCUGCUGCAGAAUAUUUUCCUUUCCUUCGGUUGGCAAUGCAGCUGCCGAAAGGUCCGCCUUUCGGCACGGCUUCUUGUCUAUCUACUUCUAAGACGAUUGGGAAGUAUGAUUUACGUGACGGGUCAGCGUCUUUUGAUCUUGCGACUUGCCUCAACUAUGGCUACAGUGCAGGAUCAGAGCAGCUUCUGAGAUUCGUCACUGAACACGUCGAAGUUGUACAUGACCCACCAUACUCUGAUUGGCAAUGCUCUUUGACCAUUGGAAGCACCUCUGCACUUGAUGCAGCAUACCGCAUGUUUUGUUCCCGUGGAGACUAUAUUCUGACGGAGGAAUUUACUUACUCUGGUGCCAUUGAGGCGGCGCGACCUCUCGGGCUACGUUUGGCACCUGUAAAAAUGGACGAGCAGGGCUUAUCUGCUAGCGAUCUCGAUGUCGUACUUUCAGACUGGGAUCCGGUCGAGCGUGGAGCUGAGAAGCCAUUUCUGCUUUACGUUAUUCCCACGGGUCAAAAUCCUACAGGUGCCACGCAAAGCGCGCAACGUAGGAAGGAGAUAUAUGCUGUUGCUGAGCGGCAUGAUUUGUAUAUCAUUGAAGAUGAUCCAUAUUACUAUAUUCAUUUCAAUGGCGAACAAAGCCCCAUAGUCAGGCCCGAGCAGAGAUCUGAUGGCCUGCCAAAUGAACGCGUGGCCGAAUUCUUAAGCAGACUCGCACCGUCCUAUCUGUCUCUGGAUGUGUCCGGGCGCGUACUUCGUCUUGACUCAACAUCCAAAAUGCUUGCACCUGGUCUGAGAUGCUCGUGGAUGACGGGCGCUUCUGACAUCAUCUCCCGAUUCCUCUACCACCACGACCUAAGCAUUGUGUCUCCUAGUGGCUUAUCUCAGUUGGCAAUUCAUACCCUGUUGGACGAAGUUUGGGGACACGAAGGCUUCAUUAGUUGGCUCGACUAUCUGCGCACGGAAUAUCUACAGCGUAGAGAUGUUGUGCAGGGAGCAUGUCAGGAUCUUCUUCCUAAAGAAAUCUGUUCGUGGCAGGUUCCGGAUGCCGGCAUGUUUUACUGGAUCCGGAUUGAUUGGCGGGCCCAUCCGGCUGCCAAGGGGACUAAUGAAUCGGAGUUGGAAGUGUUCAUGGCUGUUGAAGAUUGCAUCUACCGUACAGCUCUGAAACAUGGUGUGAUGUUUUGUAAAGGCAGCGCAUUUCGGGCGGAUAACGAACAAUGCCGCGAGUUAUUCUUCCGUGCGACGUUUGCCACUGCCACACUUCAACAGUUGGUAGAGGCAAUCAGAAGAUUUCGAAAGGCUCUUUUGGAGGAGUUCUAUAACGCGUAAAAUAGCAAAAUGCCAUUUGAUAAUAACGAA